AUGGGUCUGGCCUGCUCCAAGAAGCAGCGGAGGGAGGAGGAGGAGGACGGGGGCGCCCCGAUAGUGCGGCUGUCCCCCUUCCGCCCCCGCCGCCUGCUCAGCCGCUCCCGCUCGCUGCCCCCCACCCUCAGCCAGUGCUUGUGGGAGGGGCUGGUGGGGUGCGGCCAGCUGGACGACGCCGCGGUGCUCAAGCUCUCCGGCCUGGGCCUGCACUUCUUCCGCCUGCCCCUGGGCGCCUACCCCGAGCGCGUGCAGCCCUCCUGGCUGCGCUGCCUCAGCACUCCCUCCCUGGAGGCCGCGGACCUCAGCAAGACAGAGGCGAGCGGCAUGGACGAGGUGCUGGCCAGCCUGGGCCCCACGCCGCACCUGGCGCAGCUGUGCCUGGACUACUGUGUUGACCUGACGGAUGGCGGCCUGGCGCUGCUGCAAGGCAUGACGUCGCUGGAGGAGCUGUCGCUGGCGGGCUGCGAGCUGCUGACGGCGGUCGGCAUGGGGCACCUGCGGGGGCUCACCCGCCUGCGCCGCCUCAGCCUGCAGACCUGCCACCAGAUCAGCCUCGCCCCGCUGGCGCAGCUGCGCCAGCUGGAGCAGCUGGAUGUGGGCUGGUGCAGCAGCCUGGACGACAGCGAUGCCCAGGUCACGGAUCAUGGCCUGGCGUGCCUGCACAGCCUGGGGCAGCUGCGGGCGCUCAACCUGGCGGGGGUGCGGGUCAGCGACGAGGCGCUGGCGGCGCUGCUGCGCCACCUGCCACAUCUGCGGGCGCUCAACUUGGAGCGCUGCCUGCAGGCGGGGGAUGCCUCGCUGGCGGCCGUCAGCCAGAGGGCGCUGCAGCUGAGGGAGCUGCACCUGGGCUACACAGCAGUGUCCGACAGGGGCCUGCUGCUGCUGGGCGGCCUCACGCAGCUCCAUGUGCUGAGCCUGGAAAACUGCUCGGUGGGGGACGGCGGUCUGGCCGUGCUCUCCCACCUCACCCAGAUGCGGCAGCUGGACCUCAGCGACACAAGCGCCAGCAACGAGACAAUGAGCACGGUGGCGGCGAUGCGCCAGCUGGAGUGCCUCAACCUCUCCUUCACAGGCGUCAACGACCUGGGACUGAAGCGGCUGAGGCGCCUCUCAUCGCUGCGCUGCCUCAACCUCGACUCCCGCCACUUCACAGAUGCGGGCAUGGUCAGCGUGGCGCAGCUGGCGGGCCUGGAGUGCCUGGACCUGUUUGGGGCGCGCAUCGGCGACGCCGGCUGCGCCAGCCUCAGCAAGCUGAAGAACCUGCGGCGCCUGGAGGUGUGCGGCGGGGGUGUGACGGAUGCGGGCGUGGCACACCUGGUGGCCCUCACCCGCCUGCAGCACCUCUCCCUGGCGCAGGCGAGCGCCUGCUGGGGCAGCUGCACGCUGCCUAACUACCGGGUCAGCAACAGCUGCAUCCUCCACCUGAUCAAGCUCAACGAGCUCAUGGCCCUCAACCUCUCCCAGGCAUGCGCCUGCACAACCCAAAACCUGCACAGGUGCCGCGUGACGAGCAACUCGGUGGUGGCCCUGGGCUGCCUGCCCAAACUGCAGACGCUGGCGCUCUAUGAAACCAGGGUCAAGCCGUUCGCCGUGGACAAGCUGCUGGCCGCCAACCCAGACCUGUGCGUGCAAGGCGUGGCGCCCACUGGCUCUGCCUAG